AUAUUCAUACACCAUAACCCUCCUCACUUCUACACUCACUCACACAAUCAUGGCUAGCUCAAUGUUUAUCAAAGUUACUUUCUUGGCUAUGAUAUGCUUGGUUUUAGAUAUUCCCUUAGCCAAUGCCGGCCAAACAUGUGAUGAAAUAAAAUUCACUUUAUUACCAUGCGUUCCGUAUAUUAGGAACCUAGAACCAACUGUACCCGUAAUAUGUUGCAAUGGCCUUAGGACUGUUACUGACCAAGCCAGAACUCUCCCUGAACGUAAAUAUGCUUGCGAAUGCAUUAAAUCGACUUUAACCAUCAUACCUGGACUCAAUCUUAAUGCCAUUCAGGGUCUCGCUAACAAGUGUAGUGUCAAAGCGGCUUUCCCAAUUGGUCCCAACGUAGACUGUAGCAAGAUAAGCGUUGAGCUCUGAGCUUGUAGGGUUUGCAGGGUUUGCACUUGAUGAAUAAGUAAUGAACUUGGUUUGGUAGUAACCAAGACAGAAGAUGUUUUGAUUUCUCGAAUAUUGUAAUUGAAUUCCCACUAGGGAUCACUAUAUUAUGAGUUUACGUAAUAAUUGAAAUAAAAUUUUAUCAGUUUCGGCUCGAAAUAA